CUAUGAUUUGUUUUCAAAGAAAAAUCAUGUUACUUUUUCCAAAGUCAAAACUCAAAUCCUGACACUAUAUAACACAAAAACUAUCACCCAAACUCAUACUAUACUAGCUUCAGCCAUGGGCCUGUUUUUCAUUAAAAAUAUUGUCUCAUUUUUCUUCCUCCAGCAACUGAUUUAUUUCUCUAAUGGCCAAAAUGUCAGUAUUAUGGGAGGGUACUGGCUAUGGAGCAGUGGAAUAUCUUUAAACAAAAUAGAUUUAACUCCUUUUUCUCAUUUAUUUUGUGCAUUUGCUGAUCUUAAUUCCCAAUCCAAUCAAUUAAUUCUCACUUCACCAAAUUCAUUCCAGCAAUUUACAAGCACAAUCCUACAAAAAAAUCCUUCUGCAAAAACUUUAUUGUCUAUAGGUGGAGGAGCUGCAAAUAAAACAACAUAUGGAGUUAUGGCUAAAAAAGCAAAUUCAAGAAAAAGUUUUAUUGAUUCAUCAAUAAAAUUAGCCAGACAAUUGGGAUUCCAUGGUCUUGAUCUUGGAUGGAUUUUUCCGGAAUCAGCUACAGACAUGACAAAUUUAGGAAUCCUUUUGAAUGAGUGGCGCAUGGCAAUCAACAAAGAGGCGAGAAAUUCCAAUAAAGCGGCUUUAAUUCUCACUGCAGUUGUAUCCGGGUCUCCCCGAGUCAAUGGUUCGAUUUACCCGGUUCAAUCAAUGGCAAGAAACUUAGACUGGAUCAACCUGAUAGCAUAUGACUUUUACGGACCAGGUUGGUCGCCCUCACAAACGAAUUCACAUGCACAAUUAUUUGAUCCUGUAAACCAUGUAAGCGGAAGUGAUGGAAUCAAUCAAUGGAUUCAGGAAGGUGUUCCUCCACAAAAAGUGGUUUUUGGAAUUUCAUUUUAUGGAUACGCGUGGCAAUUGAAUAAUACGAAUAUUCAUGGUCUCAGGGCUCCUGCUAAUGGAAAAUCAGGCGUCUACAAUGACCCGUGGAUGACAUAUGACCGAAUCAGGGAUUUUAUAGUGCAGUAUCACGCCAAGACUGUGCAUGAUGAUAAAAUUGUUGGAGAUUAUUGUUACUCAGGAAGAACUUGGAUUAGUUAUGAUGAUAGUCAGAGUGUUAGAACUAAAGUUUCUUAUAUUAAAAGUAGAGGAUUGCUUGGUUACUAUGCAAUGGAUAUUUCAGGAGACAUUAAUUCGAGUUCUGUUCUUUCUCAUGCUGCUGCAGAAGAAGCUGAUCAAGGGACACAAGGAGGAGUGGUAAACAAGAAGAAAAAACUCAAUCGACUGGCUAUCAUUCUAAUUCCAGUUGGUGCAGUACUAAUUCUGAUAUUUCUAGUGUUGAUAAUUUGGCGUCUUCGAAGGAGACGACAAGUACUUAAAUUUCAAGAGUUAGAGAGGAAUCGAAGGAACAAAAUGGGAAGCAAAAGUAAAGGAAGAAAAAAUGGAGAUAGCAGCAAUUUGCAGGUUUUUAGUUUUGAUGAGAUGAAGGCAGCUACUAAUGAUUUUUCAAUUGAAAAUAAGCUUGGACAAGGUGGAUAUGGACCUGUUUACAAGGGAAAGUUGAGAAACGGGCAAGAAAUAGCAGUGAAAAGGCUCUCAGAGACUUCUUCUCAAGGAUUGGAAGAAUUUGAAAAUGAAGUGAUCCUUACAGCAAAAUUACAACAUAUAAAUCUGGUAAAAGUGGUGGGUUUUUGCAUUGAAAGAGAAGAAAAGAUGUUGGUCUAUGAAUAUAUGCCCAACAAGAGCUUGGAUUACUACAUUUACAAGCAAGAAAGAAGAUUUCUUCUAGAUUGGGAAAAAAGAGUGCAAGUAAUUGAAGGCAUCAUUCAAGGGAUGCUAUACCUCCAAGAAUAUUCAAGAUUAACAAUUAUUCAUAGAGAUUUGAAAGCGAGCAAUAUUCUAUUGGACUUACAAAUGAAGCCAAAGAUCUCUGAUUUUGGAAUGGCAAGAAUGUUUAAGGAGGAUGAAGUUGAAGCAAACACAGACAGAAUAGUUGGAACCCUGGGUUAUGCACCACCUGAAUAUAUAAAACAGGGCAUUUAUUCAACAAAAUCUGACGUUUUCAGUUUUGGCGUACUACUACUUCAAAUCAUAAGUGGGAAAAAGAACACAUGUCUCUAUGGUCCAGAGCUAAACCUUCUUGAAUACGUGAGUUGCCAUAACUUUUUUCUUGACUUUUAUUAGGUAUUUGGUAUCUGUAUCGGGAUCUAAUUUAAUUUGUAUAUUUGCGCCGCAUAAAGUUCAUUAGAAAGGAACGCUCCUUACUAGGAUUUUUCCAUUAUCAGUGCUCGAUUCGAAACAUCUAGUCUUGGUUAAAUGAUCUUAACUUUAUGUGCAUAUUACAUGUAUAUGUCUACUUAGUUAAAAUUUAAUGUUA